CGCAAAACAACUUAUAUAUCCAAGAUCUGAAAUCAAGGAACCAUCAAUAGAUUUACAGUCUUCACGCAAGAUGUUUUACCAAGAAGUAGCGUUUGUUGCGGAUGACUGGACGGAUGUCCACAGAAAGUACGAUGACAGGAGGUCAUUCCAUAGGUUUCUUCGGUUGUUAGAAAAAACUGGCCUGGACAAGUAUGCACUCAAUGAGGAUAUCAUCAGUAUUAUUAACCAGCCAAAUAGACGGUUGUCUCUUGAGGCGUCGCCAGAUGAUGUGGCUGCAAAUGAAUGCUAUGGUGGAAGCUUAUUGUUGAUUCAACUUAUGCAAAGAAUUCGUUCAGAAUCUGGCGAUGAUUUCAAGCGUGAGCAGGCUGGGUUGUUGGAGUCUUUCCUCGAUCACCUCAUCAAGAUACAACAGGAGCAGCGGUUUGUGGCAUAUAGUUUCUCUGAGCACCUGGAACAAUUGAGAAAAUCUGAUGCAGUUGAUGAUGAUGGAGAUAGGCACAAGUGUCCCUUUAUUCUUUCCGAGCACACCUUGGACUCCUAUAUGUGGCAACAAAAGCACAUAUUCGAUAGUCUAUAUAUCAUGUCACGUGAAUCGGCUUGGUUGCUGAAGAAAUUCAAGAAUUCCCACAAGAUUCUUGAUAUCAUCUUGGUUUUUAUGUCAAAGUUCAAGAAAACAAAGGAAUCGUUGGAUCAGUAUCUUCUCGAUGAAUGUUGCCGCCUUAAUGAGCAUCAAAUUCAAUUGGUUAUGAAAAAUAAUGAAAUAUUAGAUGAUUUUGGAGGGUGCAUAAAAAAUCUCCAAGAGAAAGUCGUUGAAAGAAAAUCUGUGGCGGAAAUGUUGCUUGGAUGUUUUGUAGAUGUAGUUAAUAUGUACUACAACCGUGCAGAGCGGGGCUAUCUUCCCGGGGACACCUAUUCUUUCCUCCAAUGUUCGUUUUCUGAGGCUGCCAAGAAAACAUCAGAGAUGAUAAAUGAAGCAGUAGAGAAACUAAUUUCAGUCAGGCAUUCUGAUCUUACUGCCGGAGGCUCUCCACUUGGAUGUAUAGCUUUGUGGAGAAUUCUAUUUGAAUCAUCUCUAAUUAAUCUACGGAUGGAUCAUAUAUGUAAAAACUACAGUGAAACAGUCAAACUCGGGGUUAAACCGUUAGACACUGCCACAAACAAUCAACUGGAUCAAAUUAGGCUGUCGAUUAAUAAACUAUUGAUAGUUGGGGAAAGCGUCCUGGUUGAAUUCAUAGCCAUGCACAAAACGGUGGCAGAAGUUUCUUAUAUGCUAGGAGAUGCUUUUACAACUGGUGGCGCGCAUCCUGGAACUUCAAGCAAGCAUGUUGACCAUUUAAUGGAUUUCAGUCUCGAUGAUUUUCCUUGGGAUAAGCACACUAUUCGUGAUUAUUUUAAGAUUGACCUUGACGGUCAUAGGACGUGGAAAUGGAUUCAAGCUAAUCCAGACUACCUAGAAUGGGACGCUGGUGGUUUACGCGGAGAUAUAUGAGUUUAUUGAGAUCUGAACCAGUGUUAUGUUUUAGCUGUUUUCCCUCUUAAAAAAUAUACUCUUGUAGUUCUUACGCAAAAUGUACAUACUGGCAAUCGUAGAGCCUAAUUAUCUUUUUAGAUUAGAGGAGGGAGGUUGGAUUUUGAAAAUUUGAGUGAGAAUGAGAAUAGUCUCUUCUCAAAACCCAAUUGUUGUCUCUAGGUGAAAUUAGAUCAUCUAAUUAUAUAGCCUCAAGUAGAUGCCUUUUAGUAUCCUUUAGAUGCCUCUUAGUUACUUUUACUUCAGCCUCAAGUAGAUGCCUCUAGGGGGAAAAACUAUAAAUUAUAGGAGAAGCAUCUUCAUUUUUAGGAUCUUCCUUUAUUUAAUGGGUAGAAAAAACUAAUUUGGUAGCCUAUUCAUCAAUUUCAAUUUAUUUUUGUUAUAAGAUUCUUCUUCUCAUCAUUUGGUAUCAAGAGCUUUGGUUUGAUUUUCAUGGGGAA